CAAUUAUUUUCCCUCUCUUUUUCAAAUUUGUUUAUCAAAGUCUCCAUUUGAUUGAAUUUUCGUAACGAGCACUAGUAGCAUCAUCAAAUAUUCAUUAGUAUGAACUACGAAACAACACCUACACCUACUUAUAAAGCAAUGCGUACGGCAGUCUACACUCAAAAUGGGACUGCUUGGGUUCAGCAAAAUGAUAGCCAUAUCAACAGAAAUACUGAUACUAACAAUACUGGCAACGUCGCUACUAUGGCAAUAACACAACAACAGCAGCUUUUAGAUGAGGAACUACAACAAAGACAGUAAGUAAUAGCCAUUAUAUGAAAGAUCAAAAAAAGAAUACAUGCAAUUAAUCUUUGAUAAAAAAAGAAAAAGACGAGAAUCUCAUAAUGCUGUUGAACGUCGGCGACGCGAUAAUAUAAACGAACGUAUUUACGAACUAUCAACCUUACUGCCAGAGAGAGAUGCCACUAAAAAUAAUAAGGGAACCAUCCUAAGAAAGUCUGUAGAUCAUAUUAGAUUACUCCAUGAUAAACUGAAUCAAUACCAGCAAAGAGUAACUGAGCUCGAGUCUAUGUUAGAGAUGUACAGGUUAAGGUGGGGUGAUCUGACUUUGCCUCAACAUCACCAUCCUUCCUACCAACAACAACUACAACAUUCUUCAAAUGCUACUAUCACGUCAGACAGUUCUAGUCCUCUAGUAUCUACUAAUGCUGUUACUUCUACAACUGCCGUCACUAUGGCAGCUAUCCAACCUCAUCAACUAACAAACACUACGGCCAUCACACAUCAUUCCAAAAGUUAAACGCGUUACCAUGUUUAAGAAACGUUCAACUAUUUCACUAGUGUAACUAUAUUAUCACUCUGCUAAGCCAUUUUCUGUAAGUUAGCUUAUAUUCCCCCUCAUGAGUUGUACUUCACUCAGAUAAUUAGAGUGCAGUUGGUUGUUUAUUUCAAACACAUUUUAUCUUUACUUGUUAAUAAAGAGCUACUUUACAUUCUAUUGA